ACAGUUUAGGUGGGGGGGGCGUGGCCUCCAGAAAUUCACCUGUUGCUGAGUUUCAAGUGAGACCGGAGACAGAAAGCACAACUUGUGCGCUUGGGCCUACUGCUUGGCCUCACAGGAAUACUUUCUACUUGGAUAAUUUACCUUCUAACAGGUUUUCAAACAGUUUGGCCAUGGGAAUGCUUUUUACACAAUUCUGGCUACAGUUGGCUGGGAUGUUUGUUUUUACACACUAUUUGAAUUCAGGUGUGACAGAGGCCAUGCAGGUGACAUCUACGGGCCCCCAGACUAUCCAGAAGGCCAAGGGGGAGUCCGUGACGCUUGGGUGCACGUACACACCUGGUUCCUCAGACACGGGGGAGCUGGACAUCGAGUGGUCCAAUGUCAGCCCGGACAUGACCCAGAAAGACACACUGAUCUUAUCUUACGCAGGAGGGAAGACGUUACAUUACGGGGAUGCCAGCUUGUCCUCCAGACUGAGUUUCGUCGCAGAUCCCACGAAAGGAGACGCCUCCGUUUCGAUCUCCUCGUUACUGGCCUCAGACACGGCGACAUACCAGUGCAAAGUAAAGAAGGCACCGGGCGUCGACAUGAGAAAAGUCACCGUGGUGGUAAUGGUCCCCCCCUCCGAGCCCAAGUGCUGGGUGGACAGCAGUGAGGAGAAGGGGACCACGGUGUCCCUGCGCUGCAAGUCCUCUGAGGGCUCCACUCCUCUGAAAUACGUCUGGAAGAGAGAGAGUGGAGGGCCCAUCCCUCCCACUGCCACACAAGACCCACAGACCGGGCUGCUGAUGAUAAAGAACCACUCGGAGAGCUACAUGGGAAACUACCUGUGCGAGGUCCAGAAUGCAGUGGGGAAACAACAGUGCAAAUACACGCUGAAUGCAUACAAUCCCACAGACAGAGUGGGGGUGAUUGUGGGCGCUGUGAUUGGUGCUCUGCUCCUGCUCCUCCUCCUGCUGUUCCUCAUCUGGCUGCUGAUUUGCUGCUGCCACAAGCGCCGCUACCAGAAGGAGCUCGCCAACGAGAUCAGGGAGGACGCCCCCGCCCCCGAGAGCCGGCCCUCCAGCAGGAACUCCAGCUACCGCUCGGUGCUGGGAUACCGCGCCCACUCCGGGGUGAUCUUCAGCUCCGCCAGGAAGGCCCCGUCCAGCAGAGCAGGCUCCGGCCAGGGCAGCAUCCACACAGACCAGGGCAGAGGCACGCCCCAGCCUGCCCCCCGGCAGAACCCCCCUCCCCUGAAGUAUGACAGUCGCUAUGGUUACCCUGUGUAAACACACAGCUGCUGGGCUCGGAGGUGUGGAUGAAGUAGGAAAACGCCUACUUUUUUUUAGGACUUUCAGAAAAGACAAAUAUAUUAUAUGUGCAGGCUAUUUAAAAAAAAAAAUGUUUUUGUCUAAAUGUCUUUGACUUUGUCUUGUAAAUGAGUUUGAAUGAGAUCGAUCUGUCUAUUUUGCUUGGUGAAUACAUUAUCAGUAAAGGAAAGUAACGCUUUGUAUAUGCUUGUAUAAUAAAGAUUUUACACUUUUUUUUAA